AUUCAUAUUAUGUGUCCCGAUUGAUUUUUAUUUUAUUUUUUAAACAGUGGCUUAUUGAUAACAAUAGCUGUUUAUAAUCACUUUUGCGUGUGACGUGGCUGUUUAUAUAUAAAAUUGGACUUGUCAUAAUGUGAAAUGUGAUUUAGAAUUAUUUCAUAAGUGAUGGACGAAAUCAUAAAGAAUUCCCCUUGUAAGGAAUGUAGUGCUGGUGAGGUACAGUUGCACAAAGAGGUGGACCAUUUACGGCAACACCUCGCAGACAGAGAUGAACAAUUUGUAGCUCUAGAGACAGAGUACUUCAAAUGUACGUCUAGAGUUAAUGAUUUGGAAGAACAGGUAGCAACCUGGACGGAGAAGUAUGAAAGAUUAUAUGAUUCACACAAAAGGGUGCAGAAGUUGAAUCAGGUUCUUGAGGAUAAAUUGCUUCAAAUGGUUGACAAAAUGAAAAGUGAGAAAAGCCAGCUGACAAAAGAUAUAGCAACAUUAUCAGUGAGGUUGGCUGAAUCUAAACAUAAUUACAGCAUGCUGCAAAAAGAAAAUGAGAGAUAUAAAAACGAUAUGAAUCUUGCGAUUCAGUUGUUGCAGUGCAAACCGGACAACUUUGUAUCUCAAAAACUUGAUAAUCUUCCUAUAGACACACAAGCGAGGGUGUCACAGUAUGUGAUGUCUAAAGCACCUAAACCGGUAAACCAGACAAAGAAUGGUAACGAUCUUGAUACAUUUGAUGCUAGCGAGUAUGAAUUCAAUAUAUCAGCGUCACUCAUGUCAAAAAUACUUGAAGACAGUAUCCAGGACUCGGUCACAAAACAUUGUGAUACGUGCACUUGCUCGAAAUCUCAGAAUAAACCGUUUUGUUAUAACGAAAGUUACUACACAGUGUCCACACAGACAAUACAGAGUGGUGAUCUGAGUAACACACUGUGUCUGAACUGUAACGCUGAAAUUAAAUCUCUACAUUCAGCUUUGAGCAUAAGAAGCAACACUCCGCCAGCUAUAAGACACGUCAAUGAGAAAAUUGUCAACGAAAAACCAGCCUACAACCCCGGGUAUAUCAUACCUCAGCUCACAGUAAAACCGGACAUCAGGGACCCGGCUAUAAAGAAACCAAACAAUAUCAUAAAUGACGCGAUUAAAAACGAAGGAAUGACAAAACUAGAUGUGAAUAGAAAGAACGAUGUUCUAUACAAAGUUGAAGACGAUUUCAAAAUUCGUGCCAACAGUGUGACUACGGAACCGGCGGUUCACCAUAAACUGUGCGAUCGCACCAAAACCUCAAUAUCUAGUAUUAAGAGUAGCAUCCAAAGUGUAGGCAAUGAAGAUUUGCUAGUUAGGGAAGCGUCAAAUUCCAAAGAAACAAACAAUAAGAUUCCAAUAGAUAUGAAUAUGAAGAAAAGCUCUCAUGGUUCUAUGGGCGCUGGUAGUGUGACAUCCUCUGUAGCCAAAUCCACAGUCAGCACGCACAAGUCCAAUACCCACGUGGGUCCGGGGCCAAGAUUUUGUCAUUUGCGUAUGCAAGCCGGUUCUAAAAAUAUUUUGUUGGACAACGCUGAACCGGACGUCCCGCCGGUUUUAUAUCGACGUCAGAGCAAAUGUAACGAUAACUCGCUGUUCAAAGAUCUGAACGAUCUGAAUGAAUUAGAUAAUUUUAUAGAUUUAGAAAAGAACGAUGAGGAGACUAAGAGGAUUCUUAAAAAUGAUAACAUAGUGGUCGAAAGCACUCUGAUUGAUGUCCACGUUGACAAUAAUAAUAAAGAAUCCAACGCAUCCGUAAAAAGCACUCCAAUAAACCCAGUACUGCUGAACGUCUCUUCCUCCCCGUUGCAACCGCAAAAGACUCACAACUUCUCAAAUACUUCCGACAAUAAAAACACCUCGCAGAUAGGUAGCCAAAAUAACACUUCCGAUAUUGAUCUACUCAAUGAUUUCAAUUUAGAGAAUAGCUUCUCCCGAAAUAACAAUAGCAAUAGCGAGUCCACGACGAAACCAGACUUUCUGUCGCCCACCGACAACAAGGACAUCAAAAUUUUUAAUUUCGAUAAAUACGAACAGAGCAAAGUAACGGGAUCGUUUCCAAGGACUCUAAAUAAAAUCGAAAUGUCCCAGCUGCAUUCCAUGGAGAACACUAAAAUAUCCAAAGAUUUCCCACCGAUCGAUGGGGAACUGGAAAAAAAUGACACUGCCAAAUCAUCAACUAUACAGAAUAUUGUCAACGUUUAUCCCAAUUUGACGCAAACACAUUUGAAGGCUAACGACAGCAAGAAAGCCUUUACAAAUGAACAAAGCACAAGUUCACUUUCAAGCGACGACAGCGCUGCGCUAUUACAAAAGCAACAAUUACUCAGAGUCGCUGAAUGGGUCGAGAAGAACUUGGAACAGCAGAACAAUCUUAACGAUCCCUUAGAAGACGAUUGCUCGUUGGCAAAUCGCAUGCUGAGAAGGGAGAGCAAAAUAAACAGAUUGACAGAAACUCUCAAUGAACUGGCGUUGAACAUGCCCCAUCCAGUCACCAAGUUCGCGAAAUCCUUUUCCCGGGACCCGCGUAACAAUUGGCCGCAUAACGCAGCCAGUCAGAGCUUAAACCAAGAAAAAACAAAUAAAAAUAACUCCAGCAAUACUAAAAUCGUCAAUAAAUUGGUGAAAGAGACAAUUUUUCCGGUUGAAGUCGGAGACGAAACUGUCACAGAGAUAAGUGAAAACACGCAGAACAAUCACGCAAUAUCCAUAGACGUGGGCAAAGAGCUACGAGACGUCCUUAAGACUAAGGGCGAGAAGGAAAUAUCUCCGGAAGAUCUGGCCAGGAUGGAGUACAAUGUAAAGAAAUUUCUGUUAAGUGGACCCUGUUGGGUAAACAACGCUUCGUCGGGGCGCAGUCGACGCACAAGCAGCAAAACUGAGACUGAUGUAUAAUUCCAUUGUUAAGGUUAAUAUAAUAUAAUACAAAUGUUACGAUUAACAUUCCUUAUAUACGUUUGGUAGCUUACGUUUCGUGUCGUUCAUUUGUAGCUAGCGUAUGUUCUAAAGCUAAUGUCAAAUUUGACGAAUUUAAUUCCAAAUUUAAGUUGUGAUAAUCCCAAGCACAAUAAAAAAAGAACAUUUAAAAUUUUUAUGCAAUAUAGUAGGCGGUAAUAUUUUUUGUCUAUGGUCUUAAUGUCAUUCUAGUCUAAUUGAUGUAUUUAUUUGUAUCUAUGGUCGUGAUAGAUCGCUUGUUGGCUGUUAAUGUUAUAACGAAAUACAAUUCAUGUGCUCCUGCCGUUCGUGUACCGUCUUAUUAUUAAAUCCGUAAUAAUAUAUACUAUUUAUAUAUGAAGCUGGCCGACGAGACCAUGUCCUCGUCGCAUCCUCACAAGUAUUAUAACGCAUUGGAGUUUGUGAUAAAUAUAUGAAUAGUUCACGUAUGUACAAAUUUAUCUAGCACCGAUGUACUUCGUUAACAUUUAAUAUAGUCGUCUAGUCUUUCGUGGUGUUCCGUAGGAUUUGGUUCGUUUGAACACUUUAAUGUCAAAUAUUGACGUUUUAUAGUUUGACAUUAUGUUUUAUAUGAAUGUUUAAAAAUUUAUUGUAUUGAAUCCAUACAGCUUUACAUUUGAUUUUUCUCUUUUAUUUCUUCUAUUCUUUUCUGUUUAACACGUAUCUUUCUUAAUUGUAUACUUUCUUAAUGCGAAUUACGAUUACAUAAAACGAAUCUAUAUUUUGUGAAGAUUAUACCCUAAGACAAUGUCAAAUAAUCGUUUUUGAAACGUCAAAUUAAUUUAUGUCACUGUCAAAUAAAAAACCAGAUCCUACAGAGUUGUAAAACGUCAUAAAACCGCUAUUCUAGUGAUGUCCUCAUCUAUAUUAUAUAAAUAAAUUGAUUCCGUCGAUUGUUUAAAUUAAAUCUAUAGCUAGAUAGUCACGGAGUAAUGCUACGCUUGUGCUUUCACUGAGGACGCAAUAUUUUAAUAGCAUCUUUUAACCGUUUUGUGCAUGUCCUUUAUAUGAAUGGAGUAUAUUUUUGAAAUAGUUAGACCAAUAAAUAUAUAAUUGUAAUCCGUUUGUCUGUCUGGUGAAGCACAAUGUUAUGUAAGUUUUAUAUUUUGUAUGUGUGUAUUAUUUUUUCUAUAGGCGUUCGUUUAUUGUUUAGAAUAUUAUGUGUGGGGAUUGUGUGUUAUGAAAUAAAUGUUAUUGAAUGUAUCCAAUGAUAUAGUCUGAAAUCAUACAUAGUACUUAUAUUUUUGACUAAUUUGUUGUGUUCAACCCUAGCGCGAGUUUGUAUAGGCAACUCGACACCGACAGUUUUACGGUUUCUCAUUAUCGGCGAUAGGCUUUAUAUCGGAUGUUCUGAAGCGACCGAGUUUAAACCGUCGAUGUCUGCGUCGAUUAUAAAAAUUCGCACUAAAGUUAUCGCAUUCAGUUAUAGGAAAUUUUAUUUAUAUAAAACACAAUAUAUGUCCCUUUUCGUACCUUGUUCGGUUUUUGAGUGAGAUUUUAUAUAAUUGCCAUUACACUGUUGAUUUUUUUUUUUUUGUUAAUCUUAUAUAGAAAAUAGGUUUUUGAAGAUCUGCUUGCUGAAGUCACGUAAGAAUGCUGUCUGGUAACUAGUAUGCUUCGGCGUUGAUGUAAACGUGUUUAUUUAAUAAAUACAUGGCGAUAUA